UAGAUCACUAUUUGUGCAACAAAUCAUAAAUAAACUACUAAUUCUGAUCAUUAAUGAAAAUUAUUUUUGCAGCUUGCUCGUUGCAUUGACAGGUUGUCCCACUUUGCAGAAAAGUACAAAAAUUUGCCUACCCUAGGAUUUACUCACAUGCAACCAGCUCAGCUAACAACAGUUGGUAAAAGAACAUGUCAGUGGAUUUCUGAUCUUUUAGAUGAUCUCAUACAUAUGGAGAGAGUUCGAGAUGAUUUACGUUUUCGGGGUGUUAAAGGUACAACUGGAACUCAGGCUAGUUUCCUAACGAUAUUUGAAGGCAAUCAUGAAAAAGUAAAAGAAUUAGAUAAAUUAGUCACCCAAAUGGCUGGUUUUAAAAGAUCAUACAUUAUUUGUGGGCAGACUUAUAGCAGGAAAGUUGACUGCAAUGUGAUAAACUGCUUAGCAAGUCUUUCAGCUUCAGUUCACAAGAUCUGCACUGAUAUUCGCUUGCUUGCAAGUAUGAAGGAAAUAGAAGAACCAUUUGAAAAAACACAAAUUGGAUCAAGUGCUAUGGCAUAUAAACGUAAUCCAAUGCGAAGUGAGCGUUGCUGCGCUUUGGCGAAAAUUCCAAUGGGUUUUGCAGUAAAUGCUCAUAUUACAGCUUCUAAUCAGUGGUUUGAGCGUACCUUAGAUGAUAGUGCCAACAGACGAGUUAUUCUCCCUGAAGCAUUUCUAUCAGCAGAUAUUUUCUUGAAUACUCUACAGAAUGUUACAGAUGGUUUGGUUGUUUAUCCUAAAGUCAUUGAGAGGCAUAUAAAACAAGAAUUGCCUUUUAUGGCAACUGAAAAUAUUCUCAUGGCAAUGGUAAAAGCUGGUGGUGAUAGACAAGAAUGUCAUGAAGAAAUCCGUGUACUUUCUCAUCAAGCUGCCGAGGUUGUAAAAAUUCAAGGUGGAGAUAAUGAUUUAGUUGAUCGCAUCCGUAACAAUGCCUAUUUUGCUCCUAUCCAUGAUCAGCUAGACUCAUUAUUAGAUCCUGAAACAUUUGUUGGCAGAGCUCCAUACCAGGUAACGGAAUUUUUAGAAGAAGAAGUUUACCCAGCACUUGAACAAUACAAAGAUCAGCUAGAAUUAAAAGCUGUUCUAAGAGUUUGAUAUAAUAAAUUUAUAUGUUUAUUAUUGUAAUUACAUCAGCAACAUUUAUAUAUUUUUCAGAAUAUUUUUGCAUAAGUAUAUACUACUUUAUAUAGAAAUGUACCAUAUAAAAAUAUAUAACAUUUGCCAGUAAAUAAUACACUUUAAACAAAGUUUUUUUGUUAGUAGAUAAUUAUAUAUAUUUUAUAAAAUAAUCAAAAUUAUAUAAUUGGA